UUCAAAGCAUUGCCGGAGUUGUCAGGCGCAGUGACUUUCGAAGUACCACUUUUGAAUAUCAAAAUUUUGGAACACCAGCUCCCUUGCCCGAGUACAGUCCUGCCCAUUCCUGCAGCUCCAGCGCCACAUCGAUGAUCUAAAUUGAACCGAGUACGCCUUUCCCCAAGUAGCAGUGGCCUUAUCCCUGUUCCGGAUCUCGUCCUAGACAAAACCCAAACCCAAGCUAAAAGACACUCCCACAUCAGCUGGCGGUUGGUAUGUAUGUGUGUGUAUGCGGUUCGGUUGGCCAACCGCAAAAUUCUUGGCAAACAAAAUAAAGAAAACUAACUUGGGCAAAAGCAAGGCAAAGCAAAGCAAAGCAGAGCCAAGCGGCAACGGAAAUUGUUAACCUUUGGGGAUAUCAAACAUUUACGAUUGCGUGGCAGCGGCAGCGGCAGCGGCAGCAACAUUUAAGUUUUUAUCAGCACAAAAAUAAAGUUUUGGUUUACGGAUUGUGUUCCUGUCCGCCGACGCCUCUUUUAUCAUCCCACACUUUUUGGCCAGAGGCAGCUACAAGUGCCCAGGAGCCGAGGAAGGAGCAAAAUUCAGGAGCAGUAGCAGAAGCAGAAGUAGGAGCAGGAGCAGGAGUUGGAGCAGGAGCUGGAUCAGGGGCUGAAGGCUCGUCCCUGUUGAAUCCGGGGCACGCAGAACUUUUAUCCUUUUCAAUUUCGUUUUUCUUCGCCGAGUACUUUUGAGGGAUUUAAAUUUGUGUUUGCUGCCGAGCCAACAGCGAAACAACAGCCGUGGGAGCGGCGGCAUCGAGUUGCUGGCGACCAGCCAUCAUGAAGGAGAAGAAGAAAAGCCGCAGAGAUCCAACCACAACACUUGAGCAACCUGAAACAUCGGGGGUUGUCAACACGGAGGGUGUCCAGCAGAACGUGGAUGUCCAAUCCUCCGGGGAAGAUGAUCACGCUGCACCAUUUAUCCUGGUAGACUGUGCGCAAUAUACAGUUCGUUCGGAUUUGGAAGCAAUCCUUAGCCAAAUAGAAAAGGAACGGAUGGAAAAGGUUCAGGCAGAUAUAGAGAAUAACUAUUUUCCCAUGCUGGACGAUAUGGAACCACCUGCAGAAUUAGAUAUGCCCAUUAACCUAAGCUCCCAGGCACUGGCCAAACUGAAAGAUGCAGAGAAUGAGCGCCGCUUCAAGGAGGAUCUGGAGAGUCUUAGGAUUGCAGCAGUGGAGGGGGAGCAGCUAGAUACUUCCAUUAGCCUUAGCAACACCACUAAGCCCCAGUUCAAGUCCCUGUCCGACAUGACAAUAGAAGACGGCCAGCUAUUGCUUCGGACCAUGGCAAGUAUGGGACAGAUGCGCUGCAAGUUGGAGCAGCUCAAAAAUGUGCACGAGAAAACUGGGUCAUCAGAAUCGGCUCCACAGGUAAAAGGCACAACCUUGAUUCCCCCGCCAGGCCUGCGUCGGCAGGGCACCUUCGAAAUCAAACGUAAAAAGGACCAACAGUUGGGUCAUCCUGAGGUUUCCACCAACCCAUCAGUUGGCCAAAAGGAAAAUGUACCAUCAGCUUGCCAGGGAGGAAAAUGCGAGAAAGUUGUUUCAGAGGCCGACAAGAUUUUCAGCCAGAUUGGCGAUCUGCUCGUCAGACUGCAACUCCAACACGAGGGCAGCCAAGUCCUGGACAAGGGAUCCUCUUACGCCUACAUGGUGACCAUAAAGCCAGAUGGAGGAUCCUCCAAUUGCUCAGUUUAUGCAAUUACAAAACUCAAAUCCCAGGAAGUGAAGGAGGCGCAUGUCGAGAAUCUAAAAAGUUCACACACUCCAUUGAUCAACAUUUCAUCCCCUGGUGAUGGAGUACCAAAGGAGGCUUCUCAGCUGUCCACUAACACACAAUAUAUCGAUGGAAGCUCCAUUGGGCCGAUGCCCCUUCACGAAUCGCCAGCCUCCAGGAUCAAACCACCUAUUUUGCGCAAGAUAUCCUGUUCCUAUCUAAGGGCACCUAACCCAGUCAGAUAUUGCCAUGGCAGGAAGAAAAACUAGGUUGGUUAUCGAUUACCAAUAUUUGUUUAGAAGCCAUUUAGUUUCUAACAAAAACAUAGUUAAAAAAUGAGUUAAGAACAGCCUUACAUUGGAAUGGGGGAUUAAUGUUGGAACUUGAAUGGCUAUUUCAGGCCAUAAUAUAUCAGUUGCCAUAAUCUAGAAAACGGUAAUAACUCUACUAAUGCAGAGAAAAAUGAUUUAAGGAAUUGAAAUACUCUGUGAUAUAAAACAAUUAUAUUUUUAUAAAUCAUUAAUUAAAAUGUAACCUACAUUUUGGUUAUUAUUAA